UUAAUUGUAUUUAUUGCAAGCUGGACUCUGCUUUUGAAGGAAGAGCCUUUGUCCAGGGAACAGCUCUGAGAGCAGGACAGGAGGACCAUGAGCAUCCCCCUUGGGUGGGGCAAAGUGCAGCUGGCCUGCAGCUUCUUCAGCCAGAUGUGGGCUGGAAGGAAGCAGCAAAAAUACCUCUGGCAGCACUGAAAAGCUUUGGGUCUUUCUGACAUGGUUUGGUGUAGGGCUAGCUGUUCACUUCUUUCUGCAGAGCUCCUAAAGCCCUGGGGCAAGCGCUCUGCAGUCCUUGGCUUCUGGUGUCUUUAGGACAGCCCCUGGCGAUGAGUGAGGAAAUGUGGAAGUUGCUGAUCCUUAAUAUGAACAAAACCACUGCCAGCUGUGCUGUUGGAUGGUCCCAGGACCAGAUGCUGUAAUGAACAAUCUGCCAGGCUCUUCCUUGGAAAACUGCAGCCCUGUGCUGCCCUGGGCUGAGGUGGGGAGAACACAAUCACCAUGGACCCUUAGGCUGUUCAUAACAUCUUACUUUAACCUUUAAAUUUGCUGCUAAACUAUAACUGUGUCGAGAAAUCUUGCCAUUUGCAUAGACAAAGUCUGAGAUUCAGGAAAAGAAAGGGAUUACUCAAUUAUUGUCAUGCAGUUUCACAACAGGAACCUGUUUCGAUGCGUUGACUCAGUUCUGAAGGAAAACAACACUCCUUUACUCAGCUUCCCCAUCCAGCAGGAUGUGCCCCGAAAUUUUAUAUGCAGGAAACCAGCACAAAGGACAAGGUAAGGUAUUAAAAAUUAAGUCCAGCCAGAAAAAUUAAUUUAGUUAAAUACUCAAACAAGGAAGAUGCCUAAGUGAGAAGAACAUGUUUGGAUGUGAAUGAAACCCAUGAGACACGAAGAGCACGUGACAGACGCUAAUUCACUAACACGAUGGGAUUUCCAGCCUGCAUGCCAUUGCUGAGUGUCAGGGAUAUUUGCAAAUCUCUCUGAAAAUUGAAGUUGUUGAUAUUUUAGAGGAUGAAUGCUCUAGGACAUUGUACUACUGUCAGAAACAUUAGGGGUGAAGAGCUAUGAACGUCCUGGGCUGGGUUUUUUUCCAGAAGCAGAAUGUAGUAGCACUGCAGGCAACAGCAAUGGUACUUUUUAUAAUAGAAUUACCCAGGGAUAUUUUUUAGCCUUUGGAAACGAGGUUUUGGUGUAUUGCAUGACCUACAGAAAUGAUGUGUGACUGAUGUUUACACAGUUCUCAUACGCAGCUCAGAGGUUUUCCAGUCUCUUUGCUAGGUAACUCGAGGAUAAACGCUGCCCCACUUCAUCUCCUCUGACAGCAGACACUGAUUUUCACUUCCAUCUGUCUCUGCUCCGGGCCAGGAUGAAACAACCAACUCUGUGACAGUUGUCUGCCACUUUGAAUGAGACUUUUUUUUUUUUUUUCCCCGGGGGAAAAUAGCCCUUUGUGGGAGAGGAGUGCAGCACUGCGGGCUUGAAAGGGCUUAUUUCAUCUGGGAGGCAUGAAUGGCGUUCGCAGUUCAUGAUCGCUGUGCCAGACCCAACAGGGACCCACUGCCACACGUGGAUGAAGGUCGGUGCGGACACAAAGCGUGGCCAGCACAGCCUGCCCAGGAGCUGAUGUUAUGGGCAGGACGUGACCCUCCCUGCUCGGGCAAUCCCCGGGCUGACACGGAGGGAGGUAAAUGCCCUGCUAACCCUUCCUCGUGUCGGUGCAGGGCGGAGCGAUUCUCCUUUGCCAUCUUUUUGCCUGUUCCACCGAAAAUCCUAAGCGGUUUCCCGUGCCCGUGUGGUUUUUUUCAGCCGCGGCGGUGGCAGAGCUCUUUUGGGCUCGCAUUUCUCCUGCCUCCUCCGGCUGCAGGGCGAAUCCCCACCGAGCGCCCGGGGGAACUGCAAUAAAAAAAGAGAGAAAAUAUAAAAGAAAGGAAAGAGAAGCGAGGAGCAAGAGGAAAGGCCGAGGCGGGCAGCUCCCCCCGUGGGUGCUGCCGGAAGCGGCCCCGGGCCCGCCCGGCGGGGCGGCCGCUGCCAGCGCCGGGAAGGGGCGGAGGGCCCGGCGGGGCAGGGCGGCAGGUGCCGCGGGAGGAUGGCGGCUGGAGACCCGGAGCAGGCGCGAUACUGCGGGAGACUCUCCUACCUGUGCCUCAAGCUGACCCUCAUCACCUACUCCACCACGUUCUGGGUGAUUGGAGCCCUCGUCCUCGCCGUUGGGAUUUAUGCAGAAAUUGAAAGACAGAAGUACAAAACUCUAGAAAGUGCCUUUCUAGCCCCAGCAAUUAUUUUGAUACUUCUGGGCAUUGUAAUGUUCCUGGUAUCCUUUGUGGGUGUACUGGCUUCUCUAAGAGACAAUUUAUGCCUUCUGCAAGCAUUCAUGUACAUCCUGGGCAUCUGCUUGCUGAUCGAGCUGACAGGUGGAGUGGUGGCCCUGAUCUUCAGGAACCAGACAAUCAAAUUUUUGAAUGAUAACAUCAGAAGAGGAAUUGAGAAUUACUACGAUGAUUUAGACUUCAAGAACAUCAUGGAUUCUGUUCAAAAGCAGUUUAAGUGCUGUGGUGGGGAAGAUUAUAGAGAUUGGUCCCAAAAUGUGUACCACAACUGUGCAGCUCCAGGACCACUGGCCUGUGGGGUGCCCUACACUUGCUGCAUCAGAAAUAAGACAGACAUUAUCAACACUAUGUGUGGAUACAAAACCAUUGACCAAGAGCGCCUGAGCGUUCAGCACGUUAUCUACGUCCGAGGGUGCACCAAUGCUGUGCUCAUUUGGUUUUUGGACAACUACAGCAUCAUGGCUGGCGUGCUGCUCGGCAUAUUGCUGCCCCAGUUCCUGGGGGUGCUGCUGUCCCUGCUGUACAUCACCCGUGUGGAGGACAUCAUCACGGAGCACAAGCUGAGCGAGAGCCUGUUCGGAGACGCGCGCCACAGAGCCGCCCCCGAGUUUGCCGGAGCCGGCUGCUGCAUGUGUUACCCGGGGUGACUUGGGGAACCCAAAACGCAGCUGAAACCAGGCAAACCCAGCAGCUUUGGUCCCUGCUGGCUGCUGCAGACUGUGGGGGUGGUGAAGCAGCCAGCAGCCGGUUCCGGCGACCCAGGACGCACCGGAGCGGCCCCGCGCUGCCGACGGGACCGGAGGGUGCAUUAAACCCCCUGUGGAUCUGUGAAUCAUUAGAUCUCCUGUGGAUCUGUGAUCUGUGGGUCAUUAAAUCUCCUGUGGAUCUGUGAUCUGUGGAUCAAUAAAUCUCCUUCUGAGUGAUUGCUGAGUGAUGAGGCAGCCAGAAAUGAACCGGAGCAGAUUUGAACGUCGAUUUCUAGGAAGUGUCUUUGUGUCUCGGGGUGUCGUAUUUAAGUUUUUUGUCCUCUUUGACUUUGUUUUCUUACUGCUUCCAGAGAGAUUUCUUACUGAUCCACACAGUGAAUAUGGAGCAUGUGUUUGAUAACGGGGUUUUAUGCUAAUCAUGAUGAAUUUACUGACAAUAAUGGAUGUGAUGCUGAUCGCUUUCAUUGCUCAGUCUUCUGUGCCUUUUAAUAACGGGGCAAAUGCCAAUGUCAGAUCAGUCAGGUAAUGCUUGAUCUAUUUUUUAAUGCUGUUUGUUACUGUCUGGCUUUUGUAUAAACUUAGAGGAUGUUUACUGUGGAUGUACAGUAUUUUUCCCCUUUAGUAAAUUAACUAGGUGAUUUAAGACUUCAUAUUUUUUUGGAGUUCUGUAUGUCAAGAUGUUUCUAAAAUUUACUGUCAAAAUAAAAACAAUGAGUUUUUUU